UAGAGACAUGUUGUGUUUACUGUUAAUUUUAAUAACUCGUGGAUAUGCUUGUGAUUAUAAAUAUGAGAACGUUACAACAGAACCAGCUAAUAGACAACUGCUAGAUUUUAAACGAUGCCACCCGAAACCAAUUGGAAUAUUAACUACAAGCGCUGGAAGAGCAGUAGAUGCUCGAGACUUAACAACAAUAAAUUCAGAUCUAAUCAACAACAAGUAUUUAAUGGAUGUUAUGAUGCAUUUUAAUAGAGAGAAAAUACCAGAACGUAUUGUCCAUGCUAAAGGAGCUGUAGCUUUCGGGUAUUUUCAAGUAACUCACGAUGUAUCCCGCUAUACAAAGGCUGAUGUUUUCAAUGGUAUUGGAAAAAAAACUCCAUUGUUUGCCAGACUUUCGCCAACACAAGAAGAAAGAGCGGGAAGUGAUCUCAAUAGGGAACAAAAAGGAAUUGCUGCCAAAUUUUAUACUAAAGAAGGCAAUCUAGAUCUUUUGUGUCUAUCUAGUCCUGUUUACAUAUAUAAAGAUCCCAUUUUGUUCAGCGAAUUUAUUCACGCAUUCAGAAGAAACCCAAAAACUAACUUAGUAGAUGAAACUAUGAAGUGGGAUUUCAUUACUAUGAAACCAUCAGGCCUACACUCUUUUUUGUACUCCCUAUCCGAUUAUGGUAUACCAAACGGAUAUCGGACAAUGGAUAAUUUUGCAAUUCAUUGUUAUGAAGUUUAUAACGAACAAGGAGAUCGUUUUUUUGUGAAAUUCAAUUUGAGAACAGAGCAAGGUUUGGAAAAUCUUACAUCAGCUGAAGCAAUGAUGAUAGCAGGAAGAGAUCGUGAUUACUUCAACAGAGAUUUGUAUAACAAUAUCGCACAGAAAAACUAUCCAUCAUGGAAAUUGGAGAUGGACAUUAUGUCGAUUAGUGAUCUAAGAAAUAUUGAUUAUAAUCCAUUUGACGUGACGAGACUUUGGAAGAAAGGAACUUAUUUGACUGUACAGAUCGGCCGCUUGGUUCUUAAUAGAAAUGCUGACAAUUUCUUUAAAGUAUCGGAACUUAGUGCAUUCAAACCAGAUAAUUUAGUUCCUGGAAUUUCUGCACCUGCAGAUGCAAUAUUUAAAAGCCGUACGCUUUUUUAUAGGGACGCUAUUAAUUAUCGCUUAGGAGUAAAUCAUAACAAUAUAGAAAUAAACAAACCAAAACAAGGUAUGACAUAUAACCGGGAUGCUGUUCCACCUGUAGGAGAUAAUAUGGGAGACGCGCCUAAUUACUUUACGAAUUCUUUUAACGGUCCAGUACCUAUCGUGGACGAGAAUCGCCCUACAGAUAGAAUAGUCAUUUUGGACAGUAAUGCCGUAGAUUUAGAGCACUGUAAUCAUUUCUAUAAUUAUAUACUGAGUGAUGACGCACAAAGGCAAAGAUUGAUUGAAAAUAUUGCAACGUCACUAAGAACCGUAACUUCACCAGUAAAAGAAAGAGUGUAUAGACUUUUAGCGCUUGUUGAUACUAAUUUAGGAAAACGCGUAAUUGAAACCACAACUGGUCAAAAUAAAGUUGAAUUAUAAUUUACAUACAUACUUAUGCAGUAUAUGAUUAGGUACUUAAAUUACUUGAGUGAAUUUUAGGUCCCAAUAUAU